AUGGUUAAAACGCAAUAUCGUAGUGUUAAAACUGGAAAAGUCAUCAAUCAAAUCCAGUUUGCUCCUUUUUCUUCACUUGAUAUGCAAAAAGAAGCACAUAUUCAUGUCGUUAGUAAAAAUAUAUAUUCACAAGAUGCUGCACGAACACCAGCUCAAUUUGGUGUACUUGAUCCUAAAUUGGGUGUUUGUGGAGGAAAACGUUUAUGUGAUACAUGUCAUCAAGAUGUUACAAAAUGUCUUGGUCAUUAUGGUUAUAUUGAUCUUCAAUUACCUGUUUUUCAUAUUGGAUUUUUUCGUUCAAUUAUUGUUGUUCUUCAAACAAUUUGUAAAAAAUGUUCACGUGUUAUGCUUAAUAAAGAAAUGAAACAAACAUUUCAACGACAAUUAUGUCGACCUGUUUUAACUUAUUUACAAAAAAAAUCACUUAGAAAACGUAUUCAUGAAAAAGCAAAAAAAUCAACAAUAUGUCCAUAUUGUGGCGAAUUAAAUGGUGCUGUUCUUAAAUGUGCCCUAUUAAAAAUUGCUCAUGAUAAAUAUCGUACACAAAAACGACAACAUAAUGCAUUAGUAGAUAUUAAUGAAUUAUUUCAUUCAGCUCGACAAGCCAAUUCAGAAGUUGCUUCUCUUAUUAAUUCAUAUACAGAAAUAGUUAAUCCAGUUCGUGUAUUAGAAUUAUUUGAACGUAUUCCAACAGAGGAUUUACCUCUACUUCUUAUUGAUGAAUCCAUAAUUCAUCCACGUGAUUUUAUACUCUCAAGAAUUCUUGUUCCACCAAUAUGUAUUCGACCAACAGUUCAAUCUGAUUUUCGAGCUGGCACAAAUGAAGAUGAUUUAACAAUAAAAUUAAGCGAAAUAAUUUUUUUAAAUGAUGUUAUACAACGUAACCGUUUAAAUGGUGUUAAAAUGGAUAGACUUGUUGAACAAUGGGAUUUUUUACAAUUACAAUGUGCACUUUAUAUAAAUAGUAGUUUAUCUGGUAUUCCAGCUCAUAUGCAACCAAAAAAAUGGAUACGUUCAUUUGCACAACGAUUAAAAGGCAAACAAGGUCGUUUUCGUGGUAAUUUAUCCGGUAAACGUGUAGAUUUUAGUGCACGAACAGUUAUUUCACCAGAUCCAAAUUUACGUAUUGAUGAAGUAGCUGUACCAAUUCAUGUUGCAAAAAUAAUGUCUUAUCCUGAAAUAGUUAAUAGAACAAAUAUAGAAUUUAUUCGACAACUUGUUCGAAAUGGUCCUGAUGUUCAUCCAGGUGCAAAUUUUAUAAUUAAUCCAAAAAAUGAUCAUAAAAAAUUUCUUAAAUACGGUGAUCGUAAUGAAAUGGCUGCUAAAUUACGUUUUGGUGAUGUUGUUGAACGACAUUUAAUUGAUGGUGAUAUUGUUUUAUUUAAUCGACAACCAUCAUUACAUCGUCUUUCAAUUAUGGCAUUAUAUGCAAGAGUUAUGCCUCAUAGAACAUUUCGUUUUAAUGAAUGUAUUUGUUCACCAUUUAAUGCUGAUUUUGAUGGAGAUGAAAUGAAUCUUCAUUUACCACAAACGGAAGAAGCAAAAGCUGAAGCACUUGUACUUAUGGGGACAAAAUCUAAUCUUGUUACACCACGUAAUGGAGAAAUGAUUAUUGGUGCAACACAAGAUUUUCUUACUGGUGCUUAUUUACUAACUCAACGUGAUACAUUUUUUGAUCGAUCAAAAGCUUGUCAAUUACUUAUAUGGAUACUUGCAAAUAAAGAUGGAUUAGAAAAAAUUGAUUUACCACCACCAACUAUACUUAAACCUUGUCAAUUAUGGACAGGCAAACAAUUAUUUAAUGUUAUACUUCGACUUAAUAAUUCUUGUAAAGAUAUUAUUAAUUUACGUGUAAAAGGUAAAGCUUAUUCUGGUAAAGAUGAAGAUUUAUGUUGCAAUGAUGGAUUUAUUGUUAUUCGUAAUAGUCGUCUUCUUCUUGGUUGUGUUGAUAAAAGUGUAUUAGGUGCAAAUGGAAAAACAAAUGUUUUCUAUUUACUUUUACGUGAUUGUUCUGAAUUAGCAGCAGCUAUAGCUAUGGCACGUUUAGCACGAUUAACUAGUUAUUAUUUAAUGAAUCGAGGUUUUUCUAUUGGUUUAAUUGAUGUAACACCCGGUGAAAAUUUAUUAAAAGCAAAACAUGCAUUAGUUACUGAAGGUUAUAAUAAAUGUAAUAAUUAUAUUCAACAAUUAAAAGAAGAUAAACUUCAAUUACAACCUGGUUGUUCUCGAGAACAAACACUUGAAGCAUUGAUUUUAAAAGAACUUUCUGAUGUUCGUGAAUCUGCUGGUAAAUUAUGUCUUCAAGAAUUACAACGUUCAAGUAAUAGUCCAUUGAUUAUGGCUAUUUCGGGAUCGAAAGGAUCAAAUAUAAAUAUUUCUCAAAUGGUUGCUUGUGUUGGUCAACAAGCUAUAAGUGGAUCUCGAGUACCAAAUGGAUUUGAAGAUCGUUCAUUACCACAUUUUGAAAAAGAUUCAAAGAUUCCAGCUGCAAAAGGUUUUGUUGAAAAUAGUUUUUAUUCUGGUUUAACACCAACAGAAUUUUUCUUCCAUACAAUGGGUGGUCGUGAAGGUCUUGUUGAUACUGCUGUAAAAACAGCUGAAACAGGUUAUAUGCAACGUCGUCUUGUUAAAUGUCUUGAAGAUUUAUGCUGUCAAUAUGAUAUGACUAUACGAACAUGUACAAAUGAUAUUGUACAAUUUACAUAUGGUGGUGAUUCAUUAGAUCCAAUAUUUCUUGAAGGUAAAGAUCAACCUGUUGAUUAUGAACGAAUUUAUCAACAUGCUCGAGCAAAAUAUCGUUAUGAUGAUGAAUAUCCAUUAAAUGGAAUUGAAAUGAAUAAUUUUGUUGAUAAACAACUUGAAUUAAAUGAAUAUUCAAUAAUGGAUGAAGAAUAUAAAACACAAAUUAGAAAAUUUAUUCAUAAUAUUUCAUUAAAUGUUGAUCAAUUUCGAAUGAAAUAUCAUAUUGAUAAUAUUUUAAAUUCUUAUAUUAAAGAAGAAGAUGAACAAGAAUUAAAAUCAAAUAAAAGUCAAAAACGUACAUUAAAAACAGUAACAAAUCAAUCAAAUAAAAAACAACGUUCAAUAUCAAAUGUUCUUUAUGAAAUUGAACGAUGUACACAAUCACAAUUACUUCAAUUUCUUCAAUUAUGUAAAUAUAAAUACGGACGAGCACGACUUGAACCUGGUACAGCUGUUGGAGCACUUUGUGCUCAAAGUAUUGGUGAACCGGCAACACAAAUGACAUUAAAAACUUUUCAUUUUGCUGGUGUUGCUUCAAUGAAUAUAACACUUGGUGUACCACGUAUAAAAGAAAUAAUAAAUGCUGUUAAAAUACCAUCAACUCCAUUGAUAACAGUUGAAUUAAUUAAUGAAACUGAUCAAAAUUUUGCACGUAAAGUUAAAGGUCGUAUUGAAAAAACAUAUCUUGGUCAAAUUUCACAAUAUAUUGAAGAAGUAUAUGAAUGUGAUGAUUGUUAUUUAUUAAUAAAACUUGAUCUUGAUCGUAUACGUUUAUUACAACUUGAAAUAAAUCCAAUGACAAUUAUAGAUUCAAUUGUUGAAGAUAAAAAAAUGAAAAAAGUUAAAUAUAAUCAAUUAGAAUUAAUAUCACCUGAUAUAAUUACAUUACAUGUAUCUGAUACAUCAAAAGGAAAUAUGUAUUAUACAAUGAAACGUUAUAAAGAAAUUUUACCAAAUAUUGUUGUUAAAGGUAUAUCAACAGUUGAUCGUGCUGUUAUAACAAUUGAUGAUAAAAAUGGUAUAAAAUAUAAAUUAUUUGUCGAAGGUGAAGGUAUGAGAGAUGUUAUGGGUACACAAGGUGUUAAUGCUAAUAAAACAACAUCAAAUAAUACAAUGGAAGUAUAUCGUUGUUUGGGUAUUGAAGCAGCACGAACAACAAUAAUUAAUGAAAUUGUUUAUACAAUGGCAUCACAUGGUAUUGGACUUGAUGUUAGACAUGUUAUGCUUUUAGCUGAUUUAAUGACUUAUAAAGGUGAAGUACUUGGUAUGACAAGAAAUGGAUUAGCUAAAAUGAAAGAAAGUGUUUUAAUGCUUGCAUCAUUUGAACGUACAAUUGAUCAUUUAUAUGAUGCUGCUUAUCAUGGACAAAAAGAUACUAUAUGUGGAGUAUCUGAAUGUAUUAUAAUGGGUAUACCAAUACGUAUUGGUACUGGAAUAUUUCAAUUAUUAUAUAAACAUCCAAAUCGUGGAAGUUUAACUAGACGAGAAUUAUUAUUUGAUAAUCUUGAUAUGCAUCAACCACUUGUUGUUUCUUGA